GGAAGUGAUAUGGGACAACAAAAUGGCGACUGGAGGGCGUUUAACACGCUCCAGGAUUAACGCUUCUGAUGAACUUAUUGACUACGUUUGUUCUCCGUGUACGAAGAAAAAUAAGACAAGCGAAGCUGUGAAAUAUUGUGUGGAAUGCCAGGAGUAUCUGUGUACAUCAUGUGUGGAGAAUCACAACAGUUUCUCUGCUCUGUCGGGGCAUUCAUUACUUGGAAGGUCACAACUUGGAACUUCAGUAGGGACAGGUGCCAGAAAUCUACCGUCGGUGCCGACAGAUAGAUGUAAGGUCCACGCAACAAAGCUGGUGGAAAUGUACUGCGCAAACCACGACACUGUCGGCUGUUCUGUUUGUUUCAACAUUAGUCACAAGAAAUGUGAUGACAUACAUUACAUACCUGAAUAUGUGCAAAAACAGAACCCAACAUCACAGUUUUCACGUUUACAGAGUCGACUAAAUGCGACAAUCUUGAAAAUAGAAUCACUUGCGAAACAACAACAACAACGUAAAGUCGAAUUAAAGAAGAAUAAGGAUAUUUGUCUUGACGAAAUCCAAGCGUUCCGAAUGGAUAUUAACAAGACAAUAGACCGACUGGAGCAAACUACCAUUAAAGAUUUAGAUGAUCGAUUCUGUGCGUUAGACCAGAUGUUUGAUAAUGAAAUGAAAGCCAUUCAGAAAACGCUCGAUCACUUGAGAAAACAAAUAGUAUCUACAGAGACGACAGAUGUGAAUACAUCACAGCAGUUUGUCAGCUUGAAACUCUGUCAAACAGAAAUUAUAGAAGCUGAAAAUCUUAUAACUGGUGGAUCACUGAGUAUAGACAAGAACAGUUUACAAUUUGAAAGAAACUCCAAAAUCUUAGAUUUCCUGCAGUCUCUGUAUUCACUACAUAAACCUCAGCAUCAUACGACCGAACAGCGAGUACUUCCACAGAAAAAGAAGGAAUCAUUAUAUCAAGUGAAAACGAAAGAUUCCUUCAAUGUUAAGUUGCCGAAAGACAAAGAGAUAUGUGACAUUUUGACACUGUGCUUGCUUGACUGUGGUGAUUUUCUUGUAGCCGACCGUGAAAACAAAAUACUGAAGCAAAUUGAUAGUAUAAAUUACAAGAUUAAACGCUCGGUUAAACUGCCAGAAGUAUCAAAUUCAGUCGGUACAGUAAAUGCUGAAGAAGCCAUUGUCUGUCUGAAAGGAAAUAGUCUACAGUUUGUGUCAACUCGUGGUGAGCUUGUGCUAACCCGUAGGUUAAAGAUGGACCAUUGUUGUUUAGGUGUUUCUGUCAUUGCUUGUUACAUAUUUGUUACUGAUGGCCAGGACAGGAACAUUUAUAAAUAUGACAUGAAUGGAACACUUCUAAAGAAAAUUUCUGGUAAUAAAAUAUUUUCCUGGAAUCGUCGUAUUGUAGGAAGUGAGGACAAGAAAGCGAUGUAUGUGACUGAUAUGAAUAAAGGACUGAUCAAACUGGACUUGGAGGGUAAUAUCAUCUGGAACAUUUCGGGAAAAGGUUUGAAAAAUGCGGCUGAUUUAUGUACAGAUGAGCUUGGUAACGUGUUUGUUGCUGAUAAGUACUCAAACACUGUCGUACAAGUAACAUCUGAUGGAGAGUGCCUUGGUAAUGUAGUAACAGGAAAACAAUGUGAUAAGGAACCAUAUGGAGUGUGCUUUAACAGUAAGGAAUCGAAAUUGUUUGUGUCUGGACGAAAUUGUAAUGACAUUCAUGUGUAUUCUCUUGAAUAGAUUUAUUGUCUGGAGUCAAAAGUUGCUGGAAGCAAAUUGUUAAAUAAUAAAUUUUUUUUUUCGUCUUUACUGACUUUUCAAAAAUGCAGUGCUUGGUCAUACAAUGUAAUUUGUAAUUUGCAGUUUUGCAAAAAAAAAACAACAACAAAAAACAAAACAAAAAAACACACAAAAAAAACAACAACAAAAAAAACAAAAAACAAAACAAAACACAAUCUAAGAUAUAUAGUCAAUCCUUACAAAGAAAUCAAGUUUCCCCUCGAUAUACUAUCUCGGAACAAAAUACGUGUAACGCUUGUCAAACAAGAAAACAAUUGGACUAAAUACCGUACUCAAGAGAUUCACACUGUUGAUAAAAUAGAGAAAAGAUGAAACUUCACAGGUCGCUCAACACAACAAAAACGAAAAUGUUGCAGGCUCGGUUUGAUUGAGCCUGUUCAUGGAUGGUAGUGGAAAUGCAUGCUACCACCCUUAAGGUAAUUUGAUCUUUAAGAAAAAUAUCCACCUCGUUAGCCUAGUGAUAGAGCGCCAGUUUCGAUGGCAGGAGUUCGCUUCCUGGCCAUACCAAAGACGUGUAAAAUGGUAUUAGUGGCUUUCUCGUUAUGAGGAUAGUUCUAGGACUGGUCAGAACAAUGUCAGUAUAAUAUGACUGGUGGGAUAUCAUGUCACGUAUCUACGCCGCGAUAUUCCAGUGAGGCAGCACUGGGAAUUGUGUUCGAUGAAAUGUACAAGUGAACACCGUCGUUUAUAUGACUAGACAAUUGUUGAAAAAGACGCUUAACCCGAACACACGCACACGCACAUACACACAGAAACACAUGUGGAAAAGAUCCAGGACCUUGAAUUAACUUUUUGAAAAGAUAUUGUUGUUAAACCUUAGCGUUUGUUAUCAUUCGUCUUGAUUUUCGUGAAUAUAAACAAAUAUAUUGUUACGGUCGCUUUCUCAUAGCUGACGCAUUGGCUCAGUGGUUAGAGCAUUGGACUUCCACCCGUGCGACCCGGGUUCGAAUCUCCCCUGAGGCAUAUGAGAUUUUUUUCAUCAUUAAAUUUCUUUCCUCUUUAACUACUGUAACGGUUAAAAGACGUAACUCGUCCGGUAUAUUUGACUUUAUCUGGUGCCUAAAAUAGUACUUUUCAUGCCAAGCGUCAUCAUAAAUGAUGACUCCAUUGAGGAAGGGAAGUGUCACGGUCGCUUACUCAUAGCUUGUAAGUUCAAAAAACAAUCUCUGACAACUGCGCUUUGGCUCAGUGGUUACAGGAUUGGACUUCCACCCGUGUGGCCCGGGCUCGAAUCCCAACAGAGGGAUAUGAAAAUUAAAUUUUUAUCCUCUUUAAUUGUCACGGCUAAAAAAUUCGUAACUCGUCCGGGAUCUAGACUUUAUCUCAAGCCGAAAAUGGCACUUUCUAUGCCAAAAUGGCAUUCACGUUAUCAUAAAUGAUGAUUCCUUUGAGGAGGGGAAGUGUUACGGUCGCUUACGCCUCACGCUGACAUCUGCGUCAGGGAGUCGUCUCUUUAACACAGUGGUUAGAGCACUGGCCUUCCACCCGUGCGACCCAGGUCGAAUCCCGCCUCAUGCACCUGGGAUUUUUCAUAAAAUUCUAUCCUGUUCAAUUUCUGUUAAGAAUAUGUAUAUACAGCUUCUGGUGCUGGAAUUGUUUCUAACAUGUAAUUAUUUCGGGCCGAAGAAUAAUUUCAUUGGAUGCACUUUACCGGUACAGUCAAUGAUCAGUAUGUGUUCUUACUGGGAAUGCUGCCCCCAGCCCCGCAAUGUUUUUUGUUUAUAUGAUAGACCAUUAAUAAGUUUAAAAUAAGGACUAUUGUAUAUGGUGGACAAGAUAUAUUUGGUUAUUCUUAUAUAUCUGGAGGUGACCAGAAAAUUCUAAUUUCUGUUUUGUCGCUUAUGAUCUACAUUCUUUAAAUAUGUUACACGAAUGAUCUUUAAAUAUAUUCUGGUUGAGACUGAUUUCUUUUAAGAAUGUGUUUACAGUUGAUGUAUGGUAGAUAAAUAACUGAUAUGUAUA